CCCUAAUUUCCGCCCCUGCAUUCUGUGGCCAUCUCCGACGAAGCCUCAUUCCGGCCUCCACUCUCGCCUCAAUCCCUCGCACAUUUCCAUUGACCUUCCACAAUUUAUCGUUUCUAGCUUUCAUGAGAUUAGAAUUACGUCUCCAGUAAUCUUUUUGGCGCUUUCUGGAGUGUUUUUAAGAGAUUUUUCUGCAACAUUUGCUUUUAUUGAAGUGGUGUGGCGAUGGAGCCGUGGCGAGAGAGAAGAGGUGGAGGGAGGGGAGGGGGUGGGAGAGGGACUCAUCAUGCUGGUCGACGUCCGGUCGCUGAGGCUGAUCGGAUCAGUAUCGUGGACAGGCUUAACCAAUUCAAGGCUAGCAACGAGGAAGAGCUAAUUUUUGAGGCGGAUCUUAGCAAUCAUGACAGAGCUGUGGUGCACGACACUUGCAAAAAGCUGGGAUUAAAGUCCAAGAGUCGCGGAAAGGGAGACGAUCGACGUGUUGCAGUUUUUAAACCAUCACAGCGAACAGGAAUCAAACCUGCAUCGGCAACUCCCUUGACCUUCUCACCAGCGUCCUAUGAAAUUUUAGCGGAUCUAUUUCAACGACACCCUCCUGUGGAAGAUGAACUACUUGCAAAUAAAUGGGAACCUCCAGCAAUUACUUCAACAUCGAGUAGUGCCGUGAGUAAGAAGGAAUCUAAUCGUCACUACAAUCGUGGAAAGGCUAGCAAGCAGUGGACAAUGAAUCCAGGUGACGUUGUUCGACAAGCAGCUGCACUAGCUUCACGAAUACAGAAGCAACCAGCUCUUCAAAAGAUUGCUGAAAAGAGGUCGACACUACCAAUCGCUUCCUUCAAGGAUGAAAUUACAGCUGUUGUGGAUAAACAUCAGGUAGUUCUCAUCGCAGGAGAAACUGGCUGUGGAAAAACUACCCAGGUUCCACAAUAUAUUCUUGAUCACAUGUGGUCUCAAAACAAGCCCUGCAGGAUUAUUUGCACUCAACCUCGACGUAUUUCAGCCACUUCAGUUGCUGAGCGAAUCGCUGCCGAGCGUGGGGAAAAUGUUGGUAAUACAGUUGGUUACCAGAUUCGUUUGGAAUCAAAAGGAGGCAGGCACUCCUCUCUCAUGUUCUGUACAAACGGUGUGCUUUUAAGGAAGCUUGUUGGAUCCGGUCGUCUUAAGUUGAAGGAAAAUGAAUCUGUUUUGGAUGAAUCAGAGGAAUUCAGUGGACUUGAUGCCACUCAUGUCAUAGUCGAUGAAAUCCAUGAACGUGAUCGAAACGCUGAUUUCUUGUUGAUUGUGCUUAGGGACCUGCUUGCUUUGAAGCCGAACUUGCGCUUGAUUUUAAUGAGUGCCACGCUGGACGCUGACCUUUUUUCAAGUUACUUCAACAAUUGCCCAGUAGUUCGAGUACCAGGUUUUACAUUUCCAGUGCAGACCUACUACCUUGAAGAUGUGCUGGCCCUGACCGAGAACCAGCAAUCUAGUAAUCAAAAUGGUCGGAAUAGUGAAAAAAAAUUAUCCCUUACUGAGGAGGACGUGCAGAGUAUGGAUGAAGCGAUUCAAUUAGCAUGGCUGGAAGAUGAUUUUGAAACACUCAUGGAUACAAUUGAGGAAUUCCCGAGGUUAAACCUUUGUAAUUACAAGCAUUCACUAACUGGAGCAACUGCACUAAUGGUUAGUGCUGGAAAGGGACGAGUUGAGGAUGUUAAGCUGCUAUUAUCUCUUGGGGCUGACAUAUCUGCUGCUGCAAAUAAUGGUCACACAGCUUUUGAUUGGGCUAAAAACAAUGGUCAAGAAGAGGUUGUCUCAAUUUUGACCGAACACAUGGUGAAAGUGCAGCAAGCACAGUUUCAGGCGGCAGAAACUGCUCUGUUGCAAAAUUAUCAGAUGUCAGCGGAUCAGGAUGAGAUUGACGUGGCCUUGAUUGAACGCUUGCUACAUAGACUUCACGAGGCAGCCGGAGAAAGAUUGGAUACCCAAGGGGCUGUGUUGGUCUUCUUACCUGGGUGGGAGGAUAUUUCUAGGCUUCGUGAGUGUCUACAGGUCUCCCCUAUCUUUGGUAAUCCCUCCAGAUUUUUAUUAUUGCCUUUACAUUCGCUGGUGCCUUCAAGCGAACAAAGGAAAGUGUUCCAGUCUCCACCCAGCGGAGUUUGCAAGAUUGUUCUAGCUACCAACAUUGCUGAGACUGCAAUUACUAUCGAUGAUAUUGUCUAUGUAAUUGAUACUGGUCGAAUGAAAGAGAAGAGUUACGAUCCGUAUAGCAACGUGUCUACUUUGCAGACCGUCUGGAUAUCAAAAGCUAGUGCUAAGCAACGUGAAGGGAGAGCGGGACGGUGUCAACCAGGUGUCUGCUAUCAUUUGUUUUCCAGAUUGAGAAUGCAGGCUCUGCCUGAGUUUCAACUUCCUGAAAUCAAGCGAACACCUCUUGAGGAACUUUGCCUGCAGGUAAAACUGUAUGAACCUCAUGGACGAAUUGCGGAGUUUAUUUUAAGAGCGCUUGAUCCACCUCUAGAAAUAGCAGUACGGAAUGCGGUGACACUGCUACAAGACAUUGGUGCUCUCACCUCUGAUGAGUUGCUUACGGAGAUGGGAAAGCAGCUGGGAUCACUUCCAGUCCAUCCUUCCACAAGCAGGAUGAUUCUCCUAGCUAUCCUGCUUAAUUGUCUUGAUCCUGCUCUGACGGUUGCUUGUGCCGCUGGUUUUCGAGAUCCCUUUGUCCUUCCCCUACACCCUUAUCAAAAGAAGCAGGCUCAGCAUGCACGGCAGGAACUCGCUGCGAUGUAUGGGGGCUCUAGUGACCAUCUAUCCAUUGUGGCAGCUUUUGAUAGAUGGGAGAAUGCACGAGUCAACGGCCAGGAGAGUAAUUUCUGUUCAAGAUACUUUGUGUCAGGUGGGACAAUGUUUCAGCUCGCUGGUAUGAGGCAACAGCUGCAAGGCGAGCUUGUACAGAAAGGUUUUAUCAAAAUGGAGCCGCAUCCAUGCAGUUUGAAUGCGCGAGAUCCUGGCAUUGUAAGAGCAGUACUGGCUGCAGGAAUGUAUCCAAUGGUUGGCAAUUUGCUACCUCCUUUACCUGGCAGUGCGAAGGCCAUUGUGCAAACAGCAAGGGGCGAGAAAGUACGGAUUCAUCCACAUUCAAUAAGUAUUCAACCAAAUGAGCUCGCUUCCAUGGACCAGACCAAGCUGAAUCAGCUACUUGUCGUUUUUGAUGAAGUCACUCGCGGAGAAGCUCAGGUGUACGUUCGGAAGUGCACACUUAUUACUCCACAUCCCUUGAUUCUUUUAUCUACUGAGAUGGUAAUUACUUUUCCUGACGGGAAAGAAAGUGCCGCGUUAGAACCAAGUAGUGUUGGGGACGACAUAAGCGAUGAUGAUUAUGACAGUGAUGAAGAUGAAGGGGCGGUAAAAGAGCGACCCAGUAGGGAGGUGCCUGCACAGCAUCGUCUAAUGUCUUCUGCAGAUGCGCUUGUUUCUGUUGUGGUUGAUCGGCGGUUCUACUUCAGUUCUACAGCUUUAGAUGGAGCUCAACUUUUUGUUCUGCGAUCAAGGAUGAACGCAGCUCUGAAUUUCAAGGUGACUCAACCGCGGUUGUAUCUUCCGGCUGUCCUGGCUGACUCUGUGCACGCCAUUGCAUGCAUACUGUCUUUUGAUGCAAUGCCUGCCAUGGCCUUGCCAUCCACAAGUCACCGCGGGUCCUCGAGAUCAAGGGGAGCACACCAUCGGUUCUAGGGGACCAACAGAUCAUUGCCUUGUAGAUAGAUAAGUCAGCAGAAGUCGUGAGUUGAAGGAGGAUUUAUUUUAAGGGUGGAAACAGCACGAGGAUCGCAUUGGCCGAAGACGGGGCACUGCUGUCUUUUUAAAAAAAACUCGACCUCUGCACAAAAAAAUUGUGAAUCUAUGGUAAUUUAGUCAAACAGAAAAGAGAUCAUCUUAGAUGGCACACGUGACAAGCAAACUUGCUAAACAAGCUAGUCAGCCAAGUACCAGUACGCUGCUAAUUUGACAUCUACUUGGUAAACCUGUAUCAAUUUUUAAGUGUUCUAGUUUUCUUUCGUGGGAGAAAUUGAACACAAAAGCAGGAAUACAAUCCUUAAGUGCAAAAGCUUGACUUAGAAAUAA